CGCCCGCGGUACUCGAUACUCGAAACUCGACGCUGCUGCUGGUCUAGCUGUGUCAUCUAGACAUCCGCUGAAAGCCUCGCAGUGCGGCUCAUCCCCAACCAACCUGCGAUUCGUUCCUGACCCAGGCAAACGAACAGCACGUCCGUCUCAUAUGUCUUGAUGCGCCGAUAUAACACCUUCCUUUCAUCGCCCCAACCUCUUUAAUCCUCUCUGCCGCCCUCCUGCGAAAGGCCGUAUCCUCGUCUUUCCGCUUCGACGCUCCCAGCCUCCUCCGUCAUUAAUACGGACUCCGAACCACACUUCACAACCAUCAUGGCUACCUUUCGCCCAGUAAACACCACCCUUGUGCCGGAGAGCCACGGUCGCAAUGGGGAAGAAACAAAUCCUCUAACUCCACGACCGAAUACUGCACCAACAGCACAAGUACAGCAAAUGAUGCGAGACGAUGCAACAACACCGACGAGAGCCAACUUUGGCACCCUCGCGAGUCAACGACCUCUGCCACCCGCGUCGCCGUUCCCAGCAGCGAUACCUGCUACCUCGAACGCUGAGACUCCAAACAAACCACACAAGCCACUGAACCGGGGAGAUUCUCAGCACUCUGCCAAGUCUCGCGAGUCGGAUGAUGUGGAAAUGGGGGAUUCCGAUGGCGAAGAUGGGUCUGACGAUGAUGGAAGUGAGAAUGCCGAUGGAUCCAGGACAAAUAAGAAGAAGGGGAAAUCACAACGGUUCUACUGCUCGGAUUACCCCCCAUGUAAUUUGAGCUUCACUCGAAGUGAACAUCUUGCUCGACACAUUAGGAAACACACUGGCGAACGUCCCUUUCAGUGUCAUUGUUCGCGUCGAUUCUCCCGUCUCGACAAUCUUCGCCAACACGCCCAGACCGUGCACCAAAAUGAAGAAAUACCACAAGAUUCACUGGCAGCCACAGGGACUCGAUUUCAGAGACAAGUUCGGACUGAUAGAGUCAGACCUCCAGGAAGUCGGUCGAGAGCAUCCACUGCAGGCAGCCAAUCAGGUCCCAUCAGGGGCCAUCAACGGAAUUCGUUGUCGACGUCGAGUAUUGGUUCUGUAAGCUCGGUAUACAGUCAGAGAGAUGACAUGAGACGAAGACCUACGCCGUUGGUCAUGGCUGGAGAACGUCAACGUUUCUCACAAGAGAUCUAUGGUCGUCCAGAUAGUCCUUCAGGUCAAUAUCAGCAGUUCCGUUCGCAUUCUCCAGGUUUCAGUACACCUACUUCUGCAACCUUCUCCACUGGCCAGAAUAGUCCUCGUUGGGGAUCCGGGAUGCAGUCGCCGAUAUCUUCACAUUCCCGCACCAACAGUACUAACGUCUAUGGCCAUCGAACUCCAGGCCGGAGACUCUCCGUUCCGUCGGCAGGCAAUCCUUUCCAGUCUCCGCAUGGAAACACGUAUGGACCACCAGUCCUGGGUCAAAUGAAUGCUUCGAACAUGGGCUCCUUUUCGCCAUCCGGUAGCAUGAUUUCCAGUCCAACUACCUCCACAAGCGGAUGGGGCAUUUCCUCACGGAGAGAAUCGCUGACAAGUUCGGAUGAAGCAUGGAGACGCCGUACAUGGCACCCAGAUUCUCAAUCGUUUACAAGCCGUCUUCAACAGGUUACGACGCCUAACUACUAUUCUAAUGGUCCACCACCUCAGCCUACGUCGGUUCUUCCCAGCAAUGUUCCACCGCUCCAGUCGAUGCGCCUUCCAGGUAUUGAGAGCUUUGAUCCUCUUCCAAGACCGACUACCCCAGUCCGUCGUCAGCCAAGCCCGAUGGUGAUUGAUACUCCAAGUCGAGCUCCUCCACCUGAGCAAUAUCAGGAAAGACCGGCAAGUCAACAGUGGGAACAAGGAAUGAAUCGGAACAUGAAUCGCCUGGACCUCUCUCAAGGCACGCCACCAACAGAUGGAGCAAGCCAUUGGGCUAACGAUACAAAUCGUGCAAUGGAGGCUCGGGCUGAACAGACUGGGGCACAGCCAGGCGUUCGUUUUGAGCAUUCAGUUUACUCUAAUCGACCUCAGACAAGCGGUGGUGCCUACCACCAACACCAUAUCAGUGCUCCACCUGCUCCGAUCACUCCGAGAGAAGCAAAACGUAUGGGAUGGUAUCAUGGCCCUGUCGCACCUAAUACACAGCCCUCUCAACCUGUGCAGCGGACUUCUCCGGCAGACUCGAGCAGCUCGGAAGGUGGAAUACCUGGAACACCAAGCAGUUCGACUGCGGUCGAAUACAACCCUGGCAUCGUUCACGCAAGUGGAUGGGUUGAGAAUAGAAAUGGAAAUAUUCCAACUCACCAUGAUCCAAGAGCUAUGCCAACCAAUGGCUACUCCUCUUACCCACCCCCGAAUGGCGCAGAAGCGUCUUAUACCUAUGCCCCUGGGCAUUCUCAUGCUCAGGUACAACAACAUCAACAGCAGAUCCCGAAAUCUUCGGGAGAUAUGAACAGGCUCGAAGCAUUGGUAGCCGUGGCUACUAGUUCAGACAAUGUGGCAGCAGCUUAUUAAUGCUUGACACAAUACCCUUUCAAUUGGUUGGAUCAGAUUUUGUGUACUGUAUAUACACAUUCUUCAGAAGAUACCCGCGUUUUGAUACACGCCACGACGUUACGACCAUAAAUGAAAUGAUUGACGCUCUCCCGCAUACGAUUGCACGAUUGGGUGUGGUAGGUGGGAUAGCGAUAU